AUGGCGCCCGCGGUGUCCGGCAGCGUGAUAGCCUACGAGGACAUCUUCGAGGUCAUCGACAGGGAUCCCGACGGCAAGAAGUUCGACAAGGUGUCGAGGUUUCGGUGCAGGAGUCAGUUCGAGGCGGACCUGGAGAUCGACAUCAACGUCGACAUCUACAAGCUCGACGUCGGGACGCGUUUCACGCUGGUGCUCUCCCCGACGCUGUCGCUGGACGGCACCCCGGAGGACCCGUCCUACGAUCAGACGGGUAAGGAGACCUUAGCCAGCUCGUACGAUUACGUCAUGUACGGCAAGGUGUUCAAGAAGGAGGACGAGAACGCGGGGGGCAUCCAGAAGACGACGGUCAUCGCCUCCUUCGGCGGCCUCCUCAUGAGGAUCAAGGCGGACCCGAAGAACCUCCAGGAGGUCGACAUCGACAACCGCGUGUACGUGUUGAUUAGGAAGAUCGCCUAG